AUGAGAAAGGCAAGCAACAAAAAAUCGAAUCGGAUCAAAUCAGCGGCAUUGGAUUCCGUCAUCGGGGAUCCGACGUCGGAGUCCACCUCGAAAGAAGAAGAAAUUCCGGUGAAGAUCGGAGCUAGGGUUAGGGUUAAAGUGCCGUUGAAGGUUUAUCAUAUACCUAAAGUAUCAGAAGUAGAGUUGAACGGAAAGGAAGGCAAAAUCAAAGAGUACGUUGCCGUUUGGAAAGGGAAGAACAUCUCGGCUAAUUUUCCCUACAAAAUUGAGUUCCUGCAGGAACUUGAAGGCCGUGGCGAUAAUCCUGUGAAAGUUCUUCGCGCAUCUGAAGGAAGAUGA